GCGUCGUCGAGACGUAAAACUGUUUUCUGUUUCAGUUUCGUUCCGGCACUUCGUACCGUAGUAUCAACUUGUCGUAUGUCUUUAGUCUGUGUCAUUAAUUAAACUCACCAAGACUGAUAACAAGUGGUCACUUGAUAUAUUUACCCCUCAUAAAAAAUAUUACUCCAAAAUUUUUUAAAUUUAUCCUUUGCUUGUUUUUUUUUUCUUUUGAAUUCCGGAUUUUCUACUGCAAGUUUGUUUUAAAAAAAAAUUUUAAUUGUUAAAUUACAUAGAAAGUGCAUUUGAACUAUUGACUUCUGUCUAAACCUGUUGAUAUUGUGCAGAUUCAUAGAGAAAGGCAAGACUUUAUUCUUGCCGAUAAUUAAUUUAAUAAUUAUUUUUAAAAAUAAGCAAACGGAUAUUACGCAAUGGGUUACGGUACGGAGAUGGACGGCUGCGGUCGUUUUAUGAAAUACUCUUUAUUUAUUGCAAAUUUAAUAAUAUUUAUUGGAGGAUGUGCAAUUAUUGGAAUUGUUAUUUGGGCAUUUGUUGAUAAAGUACCAUAUCUAAGUGCACUUGUCGGUAAUGAUUUAUUGGCCGGAGUUGUUUACGUUCUUCUUGCUGGCGGAAUAUUAAUAAUUUUAUCAUCAUUCUUCGGAUGUAUUGGAGCUGCACGUGAAGUUAAAUGUAUGCUUCUUACGUAUUUCAUAAUAGUAUUUUUGUUGUUUGUAAUAAUGCUGAUUGGAGGAGUUUUAGGAUACGUAUUCCGCAGUAAAGUUAUUGGCACAAUUGAACAGGAAAUGAGAAACACAAUGCGUCUUUAUGAUAAACAUGAUAUUCAUGACGCUUGGGACACAACUCAAAGAACAUUCCAUUGCUGUGGUGUUACUAAUUAUCGUGAUUGGAAUAAUUUCUACCCAAAUGUCCCGGAUUCAUGUUGUAAAGAAUAUCAACCCGGACAGUAUUACAAUUGCAAUAGCUCGCCGAAUUCGAUAAAUCAGUCUAAUACGUACUCUGAAGGAUGUUUGAAUAAAGUAAGAAUGUAUAUACAGAAACAUGCAACAGUUAUGGGUGCUGCUGGAAUAGCGAUCGCUGUUAUAAUGUUCUUUGGUAUGAUAUUUUCGUGUGCAUUAUUCAGGAUGAUAGGAUAAAAUUUCUUUAAUCUACAAUAUUAUUAAUCCAUUAAUAAUAAUUGUAAGAUAAAAAAAUCAGGCCCACCUUACAUUCUUCAAAAAUAAAUAUUUAUAAGCUAUUUUUUAUCAUUAAGUUA